UCUGUCAGCUCACUGGCAGACUGCACACACCCACACAGACGCUUGCCUUCACCACUCUGCCUUCAGUAAGGGCAAGCAAGCCUGACCACUGCUCAGAUCUUCAUCUGCCAUCCACUCCUCUCUCUCUCGCGUGCUCUCUCUCUCUCUCUCUCUCUCUCUCUCUCUCUCUCUCUCUCUCUCUCUCUGUGUGUGUGUGUGUUUUUCUCCAUCUUGCUCUCUAUGUCUCUCAAUCUUUCUCUUCACUCUUCACGUCAAAAACCCGCAGGACAGGUGUGAGGCAGGCAGAUAGAAGAGACAAUGUGCUUCCUGACACAUGUACUGGCCUCUGCCUCCACCAUCCAGCCUGGCCCUGUGCUCUGCCUUGUGCUGAUGACCGCGGCUGUGGCCACGGAUCGGACGAGGAGGAGUCCUUUCUCAUGGAAAACAGGGGCGUGGGGGGUGUGCAUAGCUGAGGAGUGUGGCUCGGCGGGUCUGCAGUUUCGGUCCGUGUGGUGUGCUCACACCGAGGGCUGGAACACACACCAGUCCAGUUGUCCCCCACGCCAGCGUCCAGCCCAGCAGCGUGCGUGCGUGAAGGUGUGUGAGUGGCAGCAGCAGGUGUUUGAGUGGCGGCCGUCUCCGUGGGGCCCCUGCACGCCGUCCGGCGCCUCACCGCCGGCUGAUGGGUGUGUGACGGCACAGCGUGGGCUGCAGAGGCGGAGUGUGACGUGCGCACGCCGCUCCAACCGCACAAGUGUGAGCCCACAGGCGUGCGAGGCCUUCGCUCCCGUGCCUGAGCUGGAACAGGCGUGCUUGCUGCCAUGCCCGUUAGACUGCGUGGUCUCCACCUUCUCCCACUGGUCGCCAUGCAGCCGCACCUGUGGCCCCGCCCUCCAGCACCGCACGCGGAAGGUGUUGGCCCCGCCCCUUUACGGUGGCGCAGAGUGUCCCGGCCUCACUCAGACCCGCCCCUGCGGUCAUUACAGCACCCACCCCGCCCUCUGUCCUUCUGACCAACAGGAGCACAGCUACAGCUUGUGGGCCGGGCCUUGGAGUGCGUGCAGACGCAAAGGGACAGCGCCCAUUGGAAGGACCACGGUGGACUUUAGUAGUGGCAUGACUGGACUGAAAACACCGAAACCUUCCUAUGCAGUCAAAGGCCAUUCUGAGAUCAUCGACUUUCAGCGCCAUCCCUCUGAUCAAGACACAAACCCCAGAGCAUCUUGGGAUGUUCAGAUUGGCUACCAGACACGCCAGCUUCGUUGCACACAUAGCAACGGCAAGAAUGCCAUGCUGAGUCUUUGUGACCAUCACAGCACCCCUGUGAACUUUCGAUCUUGUGUAAUGCCCAAGAACUGUGAGGUUUCUGAUUGGUCAACAUGGAGCUCAUGCUCCAAAACCUGUAGGACCUCUGACCAAUCGCCAGGCUUCAGACAUAGGAAGCGACACGUGAUGCGAGCCCCUGUUGGUGAAGGGGAAACAUGCCCCUCCCUAGAAGAUGUAGAGGCUUGUCAUACUCUGGAGAACCUAUUGCCGCCUUGCCCCAGGUAUGACUGGAAGGUGACAAACUGGGGUCCAUGUCAGGUGGGUCCCCUUCUCAGUCAACAGGACCGUCGCCAGGGCAACAACAGCAUCUUGUGCGGAGGUGGGAUCCAGACGCGAGAUGCCUACUGUGUCAGGAACCCUGACAGCUCAACCAAGGCCCGGGUGUCGAGACCAGUUGGACAGAGUUUGUGUACUGGUCUCCUCCCACCUUUGACCCAGCCUUGCUCCAUCCCCUGUUCAAAACCUUGUCGUCUUUCACCCUGGUCACCUUGGGGACCUUGUCUCCUUGACAACAGUCUGGAGCAUCAUCAGCAGAAAGGUUUCAAGCUACGGAUGCGCUCUAUUGUUGAAGAGGCCCAGGGUGAGUCUGAGUCCUGCCCUCAGGUUACAGAGGAAGUGACCUGUGACGAGCCCGUAAGCUUCCUGUUGCGUAUGACAUCACGAGGACCCUGUGUGCCUCUGGAGGGAGUCUGUGGCCCCGGAGCCCAGGAGCAGAGCGCCGCGUGCGUGACAAUCACAGGAGAAACUGUCCCUAGUGUGAGAUGUCCAGGAGUCCCUCCUCCAAGCCGGCUGGCGUGUGAGGUGCCCUGUCCUGGGGACUGUGUGCUGGGAGACUGGGGCCCCUGGUCUCCCUGGUCUCCCUGUUCUCACCUCUGCUCCAGUGAGCGCGUCCAGGAGAUCCAGGCUCGUACCCGCUCUGUUUUCGCACCUCCAGGAGAAAAGCGGAAGGGAUGCUUGCCCGCCCCUGUUCUGGAGCAGUGGAGACCCUGUAGCAUCCAACCAUGCCUGCUAUACUACUGGGACAUGGCUGCCUGGGGCCCAUGCACUAUAGACCCCAGCACAGACAGGAACGCCUCAGUCCAGAAAGAGGUGGAGGAGAGAACCUGCGGCACGGGAGCACAAACUCGCCAAGUCACCUGCAGGAGGCUUGGCCAGGGGCAGGUGGAGUCGCAAUGGUGCCCUGACUCCACCCGGCCGAACCACGUCCGUUUCUGUGCUCUUCCGUGCAAGGUGGACUGCAUAGUUACGCCUUUCAGUGAAUGGAGUCUGUGUCCAACCUCCUGCUCACCACUGAACGCCACAGUUAGCACGCAGUCUCGGUACCGGAUCGUCAUCCAGCGACCAGCCAACGGUGGUCAGCACUGUCCAGCCACAGUGUUUGAGGAGAGAGAAUGUAAGCCACGCCCUCUCUGCCCGACAUACAGAUGGCAAACCCACAUCUGGCAUCACUGCGUUCUAGUUCCUGAUUGGGUGAGACAGGCCAUGGGAAGGCACACAGAACCAUGUGGACUUGGCCUGGAGACCAGAACUGUCACGUGUGUCCGCAUGGACAAUACCCCUGCAGAUAUAGCAGAGUGUAUGCAGUGGUCAGGUGCCAUGCCCACCACAGUGCGCCAAUGUCGGGUGGCAUGCAGAGAUGACUGCAGAUUUAGCUCCUGGACUAGAUUCUCCAGGUGCCAGGGCUGUGGAAGUUGGCGCAUUCGCACGCGCUCACUCACAGGCCGCAGUAGAAGGCACCGCCUGUGCCAACAGGCAGCGUUGGUGGAGAAAGAAGCCUGCCCCUGCUCCAAGCCCCAAACCCGACCCCACGGGCCAUGGUCCCAGUGCCUGCUGGCUCCAUUCUCCCAGCACACAGGGUAUGCACCCACACAGAGGGCUCAGCGUCAGGGACAGGGGGUCACCCUGGGCUGGCAAGACCAGACACCGAGCAAGGCCUGUGGGCAAGGAUGGUCCUACAGAGCCCUUGCCUGUCUGGAUCAUCAGGGACAUCUGUGUGAGCCAGCAUUGUGCAAUAGUAGUGGUAUUGAAGAGGAAGUGUGUCUCGUGCCAUGUCCUCUUGACUGCAGGCUGAGUGAGUGGUCUGCCUGGUCUCCCUGCAGCGCACCCUGUGGUGGGGGGGUGAAAAUGCGCUCUAGGUGGCUAAGAGAGAAACCCUUCAAUGGUGGGCGACCGUGCCCGAAACUUGACUUCAGGAAUCAGGCUCAGGUGUCUGAGGUAGUGCCCUGCUACUCAGAGUGCGAUCGCUACGUUUGGGAGGCCGAGCCCUGGUCCGUGUGCACCAUUGAUCCUCCCCCCACCCUCAACACCAGCACCGCACCGAUCCGACGGACGUGCGGAGACGGUGUCCGGACCCGCAGGAUCCGGUGUGUAAGGAAGGAAGCUGGGAGGAUUGUGGAUGGCUCUCUGUGUGGCCAGGAUGAGAUGCCAGUCACAACCCAGACCUGCCUGCUACCAUGUCCAUCCCAUUGUGUCACAUCUGAAUGGAGCCAGUGGAGUGAAUGCCCCAUGGGUUGUAAUGAGAGAGAGUUCAGAUGGAGGAGUAAGACAGUUCUGAGGAGGCCAGGAAGCGGACACACGUGCCCAGAGUUAAAUCAGACGCAGUCUUGUGCCUCUACCACCUGCCUCACACAUUCUUAUGCUUUCUCAGACUGGAGCACUUGUCAGCUGAGUGACCGUGCAUUAUGUGGUCAAGGAACAAAAUCCCGCCUGCUGAACUGUAUCCGUAGCGACGGAAAGCUUGUGGAACUGAGCAGGUGUAAGGAGUGGGGUCCUUCACGAGGGAGACUCUCUGCUCCCUGUGAAGUAAGCUGUCCAGUCGACUGCCUGCUCACUGACUGGUCACCUUGGUCAGAGUGCUCACACACAUGUGGAGCCCAAAGUAAGAUGACCCGCUCCAGGGUGGUUCUGCAGCAGGCAGUAGAAGGGGGUCGUCCAUGCUCUUCUCAGCUGUCCCAGACCAAAGCCUGUCCCAUCAGGCCCUGCUACAGCUGGGAACUGGGAGAGUGGAGCGCCUGCACAGUGGAGGGGGCGCACUGUGGAGAAGGCGUGAGAGAGAGGAACCUCUCCUGCAUGGUGCACUGGGGCUCCGCCCCCAGCAUUCCCCUUCCUAAAGUCGUGCAAGAGGAGAGAUGCACAGUAGGCGGGCUGAGCAAAGCCAUGGAGGUGGAGCUUCGGCAGUCCUGCUCCAUUCCCUGCCCAGGAGACUGUCACCUGACUGAGUGGUCACCCUGGAGCACGUGCCAGCUGCCGUGUUUGGACGGGCGGAGUUUUGAGACACGCGGGCAGCAGGCACGGUCCAGGGCUGUGGUCAUACAGGUCCCAGAGAGCAGGGAUUCCUGUCCCAGCCAGGUCUACGAGACGCGGGCGUGCCACAGAGGAGCGUGUUUCAGCUAUGAGUGGGUCACUGGUGGAUGGCUGGACAUGAAGCGAGAAGUGUGGUGCCGUCGCUCAGAUGGGCUUAACGUCACUGGAGGAUGCCUGCCUCAGAAGAAACCCCCCUCGGGCCGAGGCUGUCACCCCCUCUGUGCCAAGCCCUUCUCUUUCUGCACACAGAGCGGGGUGUGUGUCUGCGAAAAAGGCUACACUGAGGUCAUGACCUCACACGGCUUCCUGGACUACUGCACAAAAACGCCGGGCGCAGACCACAAAAAGGCCGAGGCGAAGAACGGCGAGGGGCGCCCGAGACGCGGCCAUAUGCAGGACCAAAGCGGCCUCGGGGGCUGGGCCCUGCAGCCCGUGGGCCCUGAUGGACGGAUCAGGCUGUGGGUGUACACGCUGAUGGUGGUGGGAUUCCUCAUGGUCCUCCUCAUCAUCACAAUGUCCUUCCUGCUGUGUAAAAGCCCCAAGGACAGUCCAAACGCCUGCAGCUCCCAGAAAGCUCUGACGUUUGCUUAUGAUGGAGAUGCAGACAUGUGACCACUCUGUCACUGGCCUGCAGUUCCAGCUUGUGCUGCUCGGAGCUGCUGAGCCAGACGCAGGUCAAUCCAGUGCAGCAGAUGCUGUGAAGCACACAGUGCUCUUAAAACACUCCUCGUGCCUCUAAAUGUGACCUGUGUGUUGUUGUGGACCAAUCUCUAAGGCCCUUUUGGAUGUUUGCAGUCAGGUUUGGUUAUUACAAAACAGGUGUAUACAAGGCUAAGCAGAGUUGUAAUGAUGAAAAGAUGGUAGAUAAUAUGUCUAUAAUGUGACCAUUGCGUUUUCUCUAGCGUCUGAAAUCAUGAUGUGUUAACGCGAAAAAAAAAGAAUAAACCCAUUUUAGUCAAAUUAGGUUGCGUUUAUGCACUAUGUUAGUGCAGUAUCCAGUGUGUCACUCUAUAUUAGUGCAUUCUCUCUCAGUCUUCACAUUGUAAACUUACACUUCAGUGGUUUUUAUGCCACAGGAUGCUGGGUGACACUUGGCUUUUUUGUGUGAGUUUAGUUGUUUUUUUUUUAACUGAUUGACAUUUGAAUUGCAUUAAAUCCUGAAAUUUCAUUCAUCACGGCUGUGGCUUAAUUCAAACCUGAAAGCAGGAUUCAAUCAGAUAACAUUUGGAGUAGUCGUUUAAGUCUUUUGUGAUACUUGUCACAGUUGUGUUUUGACUGGUUCAUAAAUAAAUUAGAAUCUUAUACAAAAGGGAUAAAUCUGUUUUGAUUCAGCAAGAUAUUGUAGUGUGUAGAACACACAAAUAUUUCCAGACAUAAUUUCUGAUUAAAGGCACAUCUGAAAUUAUGGUUUAGCCUAUUUUAACAUUCUCAACUCUAUGCAAAGUGCAAAUGUUAUAUAACCUAUUUUGCAGCACUUCUCUUCAUCUUGGGAAUUUUCUCUCUGAUAAUA